AUGUCGAGCGUCAAUAAAGCCACAGGCUAUACGCUAAUUGAUCGGGAAGAUUACGACUUUACGUGGAUAAUUGAAAAUGUACAAUUUUUACCAUUCAAACAAGGUGAACUUUUAGUAUCGCCGAUAUUUAGUACCAAAUGCGAUGUAAAAUUUUACUUUCGAUUGAUCGAUGAACUUCAACGUGGUCUUGAUUCUAGUUCAUUGGUUAGAAAUUUAUAUCUACACUACAAAAACGCAGUGAACGAGUUCAAAUGCGACUACGACGCAUAUGUUACUGUGGAUAGGAGAAAGGUCAUGCCGAUAUGUGGUAGUGCAAUUAUUGAAGUAAAUAAAGAUAUCGCCAUUAUGUUGGUAAAUGGUUAUCAUUCAUCUAUAUUACACAGUACGGCGGAGACUAUAACUGUUGAUUGCAACUUGAAAUUAUCGAGGGGAAAUGUAACAUCGUUUCUAAACUCCGGACCAAUAGUUAAUGACGCUACGGCAACGAUACCGAAACUGAAAUUCGACUGGGUAUUUCUUGAUAAAAAUUUGAGUGAUGUAAAGUUACAAACUGCAUCUGGAAAGGAUAUUCCAACGCAUAGGGUCGUGCUCGCUGCUGCUAGUCCUGUAUUCAAAGCCAUGUUCAGCCACGAUAUGUUGGAAAACAAAAGUCAAUCGGUUAAUAUGACGGAUAUUGGUUAUGAGACAGCAGUUGAGAUGCUACGAUUCAUCUACACGGGUAGUGUCGAAAAAGAAGAAGUUUCUUUCAUUAUUGAUCUUCUGAUGGCCGCUGACAAAUAUCAACUCGAAGAGUUGCAAAGAAAGUGCGAAGAAAUAUUGAGCAGGAAUUUAUCUACUAAGAACGCCAUAGAUAUUCUAAAAAUUGCCGAUAAAUGUAGCAUGAAAAAUUUGAAAAAGAACGCAAUUAAUUUUAUGAAACUGCACAUCCACCGAUCUCCGGACUCCGACGAUGUGGGCGACAUGCUUCUCGGUAUGGAACGAUUUUUUUCAAAAUGA